AUGGCGGAGCCAAUUGAUCAUAAUCACCCCUUGUAUGUACAUCCAUCUGAUACUCCUGGUACUGUUCUUAUUCUUGUUCAGCAAAAAGGAUCUGAAAAUUAUGGCAUAUGGAGAAGAUCAAUGACAAUAGCAUUACAGGCGAAGAGAAAAUUAGGUUUCGUUAUAGUCACACCUUCACUUCUAAGUGGAAUCGUAUAUGCUUCGAAUGCUUUUUUAGUCUGGAAAGACUUGAAAGAGAGGUUUGAUAAAGUCAAUCGAAUGAGGAUCUAUCAGUUGCAUAAGGAGAUCAAUUCAAUUAAUCAGCGAACAAGUAGUGUGUCUGAAUAUUUUACGAGGCUGAAAGAAUUAUGGUCUGAGUUUGAUGCAGUGGUUCCUUCUCCUGAUUGUGGUUAUGUUAGAGAUAAGAAGUAUGUGGAACACCUUCAACAACAACGGUUACUACAAUUUGUAGGAGAUUUAAAUGAUUCUUAUGAUCAAGCCAGGCGACAGAUUCUCAUGAAAUCAUUUGAGCCUUCUCUGAAUCAAGCUUAUUCUCUUGUCAUUGAGGAUGAAUGUCAGAAAGGAUCUAGCAUGAACAUUGUACCUCAAUCGAUUGCUGGAGGUAAUGAUAUCACUGCUUUAUGGAGUGCACGAGGGCCAUUACAAAAUUAUAAGAAAUCACAUAAUGAACAUUGGAAUGAGAAGUGUGAUUUUUGCAAUAUUAAGGGUCAUAUCAAGGAAAACUGUCAUAGACUCAUUGGAUAUCAACCAAAUUACAUAGGCAAGAAGAAAGAAGGUAUUGUAGCAAAUAAUUCUUUCUUGGGUGAUGAUUCAUCUCACAUUAAGGACAAUUCUGAUCAGUAUUCCGGUGUUUCUCAGAUUUGGAGUCCAUAUGGUUACAACGGGAAUAGAAUGCCUCUAUUUUCUGAUGGUUAUACUCUCAAUGGACAUGAAUACACUUGUUAUUCUCCACAAUCUGCUCAUGGAGGUUAA